AUGGCUCCUACCAUCCUCAUCGCUGGCGCAACCGGCAACACCGGCCGCAGUGUGACAGAAACGCUGCCCAAGUUGCUCCAAGCAAGCAACACACUGUCCGACCACCGCAUCAUCGGUCUCACACGCUCACUGGCCAGUCCAGCCGCGCAACAGCUUGCCACAAUCCCCGGCGUCGAGAUCAUCGAGCAGAACUGGGUCGAAACCACCGCCGACUGGCUCCGGGAACACGAGGUUGUCCGGGUGUUUCUGGCACCGCACAACGAGCCGAACCAAUUCGCCGAAGAAUCGGCCUUCCAUCUGGCCGCCCUCCAGGCCGGGGUGAAGUACGUGGUGCGCAUCUCGACGACCGCGGCCAAUGUUCGCCCGGACUCGGCCGCGUACUACCCUCGCACGCACUGGGCCAUCGAGGCGCUCCUCAGCUCCCCGGAGUUCGACCGCUUGCAGUGGACUUCGCUGCAGCCCAAUAUCUUUCCGGGGGUCUACCUCGCUUCCGCCGCCGAGUUCAUCACGCGGUAUCGCAAGACGGGAACGCAGGACUCGUCUCUGAAACUGAUGGCCGCGGAAGAUGCUCCUGUCGGCGUUGUCGACCCCGACGAAGUCGGGGGGUUUGCAGCCCACCUCCUGGCCCAAGACGACCCGGCGGUACAUAACAAGGCCAAAUAUGUGCUGAAUGGGCCGGAGGAUGUUACGGGAGCCCAGAUUGUCGACAUGGUUGAGAAGCACAUCGGCGCCAAAGUCGAGAGCGUCGUCUACAAAGACAAGUCGUUCGUCGAUAUGCUUUAUCAGUAUAAGUUCGCGGCGACGCAGCAAUCGAAGAACGUGAUCUACUCGGUCCAACACGGUCUGGACACGUCCUGGGAAGGAAAAUGCUCGGCUGCUACCACGAGCAAGGAAGUGCUGGAGCUUGCUCCACCCAGGCGUACUCCUGCGGAUAUGUUGAGGGCCUUGCUGGAGUAG